GAGACCGUAUAUUCAGAAAGAAAACCCUAGAUAACCCCCAAUUUUCUUAAACUCUCUCUCUCUCUCUCUCUCUCUCUCUCUCCACAGCCUUCUCUCUGCAGAUUUUUCUCCCUAAAAAAUUCUGCUACUUUCUUGGAGAUACUUGACCUGAACCAAAAAAGAAUGUCAACUGAACAGAGAGGAGAAGAAGAUCAGCAAGCUACAGGUGCCCCAGUUCAAGGCUGGAGCUCAAUGAUGGAACAGUACCGGAGGAUCAAAGAAAAUGCAGAAACUUACCCUUAUGUUUGGGCUUCAUAUAUUCUUGUAUAUGGUGGUUUUGGCCUAUGGUUUACCUACAGAUGGAGGAAGCUUCGCAGGACUGAAGAUAGGGUAAGGGUACUACAAGAAAGACUGCGCAAGCUCGUUGAAAUUGAAGAGUCUGCAAAGUCUGCUGCAUCAGUUGAAAAGGCUCCACCACCAUCUGCCAAUAAACCCCCGAGAUAGUUGGGUUUGCUGCUAAUUCAUUUUAGCCUCUUCUUCACAUUCAUACGUGUCAAGUAUGGAUACAGAUAGCUGUUGCUUCCUCAAAUUAAAUGUGAGAAUUGAAGAAAUCACAAUGAUGAUGAUGAUUUCAAGAACUUGUUAGAAAUUAAGAAGAGAAUUCUCUCUUUCUUACUUUGGUCAAGAUCUGAGGUUCCAAGAUGAUAAAAUGUUGUUUUAUAUGUGCCACCCGUUCCCAGUUUUAGGUUUGGUGUGGCAUGUAAAGUGAGUUUAGGUGGCCAAUAUGGCCUAUUGAGGACAAUAAAUUAUAAGAUGUUUGUUAUUUUCACUUGACAUGAAGGAAA